GUUGUUGUUGCUGUUGGUGUUAUUUAGUCACCCCAAUGCGUCCAUUUUCUCUUACUGAUAAGCGGGCAGAGCCAUCUGGCGGCAGAGAUUGUAAAGCAAGUUAAGUAAUGUCAACAUAAAACAGCUGAUCGCGCGUGCCAAGGGAGUCGUCGAUAUUUGUUUACCAUUGAUUGUUAUAAAACUUACACAAUGAUUUCUGAGGAAAUUCAGCUUUAUUGUAACGAAGUUAUCAUGGUGCUAUUAAAUGGUGAUGCCUAAAAGGAAUUAUAUUUCAUUGGAAAGAAAUCAGUAAAGUUAAAUUGCAUAAGUGAUUACGUGACUACCUACGUUCCCAACGCCAUUCAAGUAUUGGUGUUGGGUCGUAGUUUUAGUGCCUCAUUGUAGUACUUUGUGAAGGUUACAAAUUCAAGGAUACCCUCAAGAUGUCAUCAGUUACUUCAGCGUCAAGGCGACUCCCUUGCGCAACCGGCAUCACAAGAUUACUGAGAAUGAGGAGCCAGCCUAAUCUUCUCCAAGGGAGGCACUUCAGUCAUUCCCCGAGCAGCCUUUCAGAUGAUGACAAAACAAUAACGAAUACAACUAUCAUGGUGCAAGAUGGUCUUAACAUCCAGGAGCUGCCAUGCAUCGUUCAGAUCAUCAAUGGGGAAUUCAGUGUGUUUAGCAAUGGCAAGACCCAGGCGGGUAGAAAGCUGGAAGGCCUGGGUCUUGAGAUUCCUCAAGUUUCAAAGAAUCUAUUUAAGAAUAUAAAUUUUGAUGAAGAGCAGGAGAUGAUUUUGGGAUUCAUGAGGUGUUUGAAAGUGGCUGACAUCUUCAAAUUGCUUGAAGUUUGUCCAGAAGAGGAAGUAUCCCCAAAUGUUGCACUAGCUGUAAUUAAGAGGAUUUUCGAAUUGGAAAACAAUUUUGAGUAUCGUAAUAGAGGACUUAAUUUGUAUCCAGAAGAAUCCCCAUUUACUUUUACAAGAGGGGCAGUCAUGAAGCACUUAAUAGAAAUUAUCUGUGGUAGUUAUGAUCCACAGAACAUAAUAGAUGCUCUAAGAGUGAUGGGGCGUGAUUCUUAUCAAGGCAAUAAGCAGAAAUAUUUGGAGAAACUGUGCAAUGAAUGUAUUAUUAGAAUCACAGAAGGAAGAAUGACUGUGGAACAGGUCUGUGAAAGUGCCAAAGCAUUUUAUAAUCUUGGUACAACUGGAUCCCAGUACAUAGAAAAGGUUUGGGUCGGAAUAACAGAUAAGGUAGAAGAUAUUAACGUGAAAGAAGCUUGCAAUAUUAUGAGCAUCCUUCCACUAGUAAAGCAGAGCCGUAAGCAUCUGUAUUACACAGUUGAAAGAAGGAUGGGAAGUCUGUGGUACAAACUGAAGUCUGAAGACAUUAUUAGGAUUCUCCAUGUUUUGAUCCAGCUCAAACUAACUGGUAGUCGGAUGCUGCCAAUGAUAUCAAGAUGGACCAAUUUGAAUAUCCAUGUUCUUACAGAAAGUAAUAUACGGUGGAUUGUGUACUCCCUUAUGAGUCUAAAUUUCACGGAUGCAAAUAUUCAGAAGUCCCUUACCAGAUUCAUGAAGGUUAAGAAGUCUAACAUAAAUGAUCCAAGUUUAAUUGCUGUAAUAAUGGAUUACUGUGUAAAAAUGCGAAUUAGGAGCCCAGAGGUUUUGGAUACUGGAGUUGAAUAUUUUAUGCAGAAUGCAUCUAAACUCACAGUGCCUCAAGUAAACAGCCUGUGUCGACCUUAUGGUCUGUUGAAUUAUGAGCCUCCAAAUGCUUCAGCUUUCUUUCUAGCCGUUGAAAUCCUUCUAGAGGAGAAAUUUGUCCAAUUUCCUCCAAAUAUUAUGAUUGAUUUAUUGCUAUCAUGCGUUUAUUUAAAGCGCUAUCCAAUCAAUUUUGUGAAAAAAGUGUUUAAUCCCUACUUCUUUGAUAGAAUUCACACAUUGGAACCAGCAGAAAUGAGAUUAACAAGAACAAAACUAAAGGUUCUUGAUCGGGCUCUUUGUCUGGAAGCUUCAAACUACAGUGGACCCAUGCUUCCUAGGGAUCAUUCAGCCAAAAGUUUUUGGCGCGAUGCUAGAAUUAUGCGCUGUGUAAAUAUGAUCCAAGCACCUCUCAUUGAAAUUGUAGGAACCAGUGAGCGUAUAACUCCUUCUGCCAUUUUGCCAAACUUCCCUGGUACAGAGAUGUAUGUGGUUGAUUGUGUCAUUGACAUGGAAGGAAAACUGUCACUUAAGUCUUUCAAGUGGAGUAGUAAUAAGUAUGCACUACUAAUUCAUCCACCAGAGCAUUACAUUUUAAAUGAAGAUCACCUUGUAGGACCACAGGCAAUGCGUAAGCGGCAUUUGGCAAUGUGUGGCUUUAAAGUGGUUAGCCUAAGCUAUGAGAAGAUGAAUAGACUUCGUAUGUACCCAGAGCUUUUGAAAAAUUACAUUGAGGAGAAGAUGAAAGAAGCAACAUCUGUGUAACGUGCUUGUUCAGUGGCAGAAAACUGUUUGUGUGUUUAUAGUGUGAUGGAGUUCUUGUCAAAUAGAGUUAUGAAUACAAAAGUAAUGCAUAAUUGUAAGAUAGAAAAGAUGGGGAUUCUUUUAUAAGCAAAUUUAGCCAGUCUAGUCAAUUACUGUGAUAUAAUUAUAGAAGGAAUUGUGAUUGAAAUAGACUUCUGAUCACCAACAAUAAAAA